AUGGCUGAAAUCAUGGAGGGUUCCACGGACAUAGCUAGAAAUCAGCAGGACGGACGACCCGAAGCCGCCACUCCUGCUCCUACUCUGCGCUUUGCUCCCAACACCAAUGAGCCAGCGGAAGAUGACCUCCUCGCCGAGGAGGCACCUUCUAGCCGCGACGUCAAGGCGCCGUCUCCGGAUUACGCAUCCAGCAGACUCAGCCCGCAAGUGUCCAAGUCGUCGAAAUCCAUCCGCCUGGAGCCGCCACCGGUGGUGAUGCGGCCGCCCAAGGUCAAGUUCGACGGGUUCGGCUCCGCCGCUCUGUCGUGGUUCGCGUGGACGCGGAACGAGGAGAAGGAUCUCCCGGACUGUGCAAGGUCCAUGCGGCGGUCCUACACGUAUCGGUCCACGUUCCGGCUCUUCGGGUUCAGUCUGUCCAAGGAUAUCAGCUACAAAACGUCCGAGAGCGGGCUCGAUGUCGCAAUGCAGAAUGUUCGCCUGGGCUGGGGGAAGUCGGAAACGAAUUGGAUGCGUGACAAACUACCAAAGGCACGGCAAAGAUUUGGCCUCUCCAAAAGCGGGCAGACAGAGACCCCGGACGAAGAGGCGCAGGACGCUGCUAGCCAAGAUGCCAGUAGUACCACGGCAGCGGUGGAAGGCCAGAAGGCCCCGAAAGAACCCAAACACACGAUCCCUCGCAUCGCACACCCGUGGCACGUGGAUUACUAUUACGUGGUCGUCGGCAUCAUGGGCGACGAGAUCGCGCCCAAGGAGACUUUGCGACGUGUCAUGCAGAUCGACGGCCUGUUCCAGCAGAUACGCAAGGCUCACAGAUACCUGCGAAACCCCAUCCGGCGGGCAUUGUCGCUGAAGGAAGUCUCGGGCUUCAGCAUCUACCAGUGCGAUCCCAGCAAGGGCUACCACCGCGAGGUGGAACUGGACGGCGAGACCGAGAGCGCACUCGCAGAACUCUGGCGGAGCUACAACACCCACAAGCUCGACUACGAGGGUCGCUGGAUGCUCUGGAUCCACCAGCAUUUCAACAACAGCUCCAAGAACCCCGAGGCGGGGACGCUGGCUCUGGAGCUGCGGCUGCGGUGGUCCGUCUUCAAAGUCGUCUUCUGGGGCGUGGUGCCCAUCCUGCUGAGCUUGGCUGUGGGAUUUUCGUACAUGUAUACGGACCACGGAGACGUGGACGACGUCGCAGUCGCGGAGGCCGCGUGGGUUAUUGCCACUUAUAUCAUCACAACGUCGGCACUGAUCUUUGCACUUUUGGCCGUUAUCACACAGCUUGGGGAUAUUUGA